CGGGGCCUCGGCGAGCAGCUCCCGCGGGGCGGCCAGAGCCUGCUCCGCCCGCCCGCCCCUCCGCACGGCCCGGCCCGCCCGCCUCGGCACGGCGCGGCCCCGCUCCGCUCCACCGGACCGCUCGGCCCCCGCCCGCCUUUUGCGUGGAAGAUGGCGGGUGGCGUGGACGGCCCCAUAGGGAUCCCGUUCCCGGAUCACAGCAGCGACAUCCUGAGCAGCCUGAACGAGCAGAGAAACAACGGGCUGCUGUGCGACGUGGUCAUCCUGGUGGAAGGCCAGGAGUUCCCCACCCACCGCUCCGUCCUGGCGGCGUGCAGCCAGUACUUCAAGAAGCUCUUCACCUCAGGGUUAGUGGUGGACCAGCAAAACGUGUAUGAGAUAGACUUUGUGAGUGCGGACGCCCUGUCGGCGCUGCUGGAGUUCGCCUACACCGCGACCCUCACUGUCAGCACUUCGAACGUCAACGACAUCCUCAACGCGGCCACUCUGCUGGAGAUCCCGGCCGUCAGGGAUGUCUGCACGGAUCUCCUGGACAGGAAGAUUCUGGCCAAAAAUGACCAGAUGGAUACAGUAGAUCAAAUUGAUCAGAGGAACCAUCUCAGAGCAAAAGAGUACCUGGAGUUCUUCCAGAGCAACCCCGUCAACGGCCACCAAGGCAGCUUUCCGUGGACCAACCCAGAGUUGAGAGACCUUCAGAGACUGAACUUCCGAGGCCAAGAGGAGGAGGAGGAGUCGAACUGCAACGGCCUGGACUUCUACUCGCAGGCCACCCCAACCGAAAGACCAAAGGCAAGUGACUGUGACCCUGACAGCAACCCGGCCAUGUGGCUGGACCGGGAGGAGGAGGAGCCGGUCACCGCCGGCAUGUUCUCACCUUCCCAGAACGGACAUUACAGCAGCCGUGGCUUGGCCACGCCGGGAGAAGAGGAGGGGGGGACCCCCCGGGGGCCUCUGGACCCGCAGGAAGCCGGCGACUCGCCCGGCUUCAUCCCCGCCGGGGCGGAGACGGAGGACGACGCGCGGGAGGUGGACGACUUGGCCGCCAGCGCCCUCCUGCAGCAGAUGAUCAACUCGGUGGGGCGGCAGCAGCUCGGGGACGACGACCGCAAGGACGACGACGGGGUCAUGGAUUAUUACUUGAAAUACUUCGGCAGUUCGAACGAGGGCGACGUCUACCCGUCCUGGUCCCAGAAGGAGAAGAAGAUCAGGGCCAAAGCAUUCCAGAAGUGCCCCAUCUGCGAGAAGGUGAUCCAGGGCGCCGGGAAGCUGCCGCGCCACAUCCGCACCCACACCGGGGAGAAGCCCUACGAGUGCAACAUCUGCAACGUCCGAUUCACCAGGCAGGACAAGCUGAAGGUGCACAUGCGGAAGCACACGGGGGAGAAGCCGUACCUGUGCCAGCAGUGCGGCGCCGCCUUCGCCCACAACUACGACUUGAAGAACCACAUGCGAGUGCACACCGGGCUCAGGCCCUACCAGUGCGACAGCUGCUGCAAGACUUUCGUCCGCUCCGACCACUUGCACAGGCACCUUAAAAAAGAUGGAUGCAACGGGAUUCCCUCGAGGAGAGGCCGGAAACCCCGGGUGAGAGACGCGGCCGCUCCGGCCCCGGCGGGGGGAGCAGCCGCCGAAGAUGGAGGUUUUGCGGCCGGGGGGGAGAGCCAGGAAUCAGAGGACACCCCCCCGUCCCAAGGGAACGACCAGGAGCAGCAGCACUUUGAGGAGAAUUCAAACAAUGAAGCGCCGGGAUUGAAUGUAGCAGGAGGAGGAGGAGGAGGAGGAGGAGGGUCGGAGGAGGGGAACGCGCAAGGACUCUCCUAAACCAAAAAAAAAAAAACAAACAAAAAACCGACAACAACAAAAUACAACGACAACAACAAACCCCACACACCCGAAAACGAAGUCACAAAAUCUAGUUAGUACUUUUCCUCCGAUUUUUUUUCUCUUUAAAGAUGUUUCUCUCCCUUUUUUUUUUUUUUUUUAAGAAAAAAAAAAAAAGCCGGAAAAAAAAGACAACAACAACAACAAAAAAAAAAAGAUUAUAUUAUAUAUAUAUAUUAACGUUUCCAACCUUUCCCCCAUCGUAAAGCAGGGAUCCCCCUUCCCCCCGAGGAUCCCUCGUAGCCAAGGACCUUUUCUUGGAAAGGCAAGGAAAAGAAAAAAAAAAAAAAAGCACGAGGUGGGGAUGGAAAGUGGCUCUGUCGGCAUGGAAAAGAGCUUCCAUGUAAAUCCAAAGCUUUAUUUUGUGUCCAAACGUGUGUUUAAAAAAAAAAAAAACAAAACAAAAAACUUAUUUCAGAGAAAGAGAUCUAUUUAAGACAAAAAAAAAAAAAAGGAAAAAAAAAAAAAACAGGAAAAGAAAAAAAAAAGGAGGAGCGGCAGGAGUUUGGAAGGGCUGCGGCAGGGAGGGAUUUUGGGAUCUGGGGGGGGGCCAGGGGUGGCCCUGCAGCCCCCUGGGAGGAGCAGGGGCUCGGAGGGAGCUGCAUCCCAGGGGAAUGGGGUCAGGAUUUGGGGUCUGUCCCCCCCCCCAGCCCCACCCCGUGCAGGGCUCGGUUUGGCAGCGAAGGCUCCGGGUGGGAAAUGGCCAAAAAUCGCUGGGAAUCGCCUAAAAAAAUCAUGUGAGGAGAAAGGCAGCGGGUUUGGCAGGGCUGGGGACACCCAAGGGUGGGGAUGAGGCAGGGAUGGGACACCCAGAGUGGGGACACCACCCUGGGGUGGGGGAACCCAGAGUGGGGACACCCAGACUGGGAUGGAGACACCUGAACUGGGGACACCCACCCUGGGAUGGGGGAACCCAGAGUGGGGACACCCAGACUGGGAUGGGGGAACCCGGAUUGGGGACACCCACACUGGGAUGGGACACCCACACUGGGGACACCCAUCCAAGGGUGGGGACACCCACACUGGGGGGACCCAUCCAGGGGUGGGACACCCAGACUGGGGACACCCACCCCAGGAUGGGGGAACUCGGACUGGGGACACCCAUCCAGGGAUGGGGACACCCAGAUUGGGGACACUCAUCCUGGGAUGGGACACCCACACUGGGGACACCCAUCCAGGGAUGGAGACACCUGAACUGGGGACACCCAUCCUGGAAUGGGACACCCAGAUUGGGGACACCCACCUCGGGAUGGUGGAACCUGGAUUGGGGACACUCACCCUGGGAUGGGACACCCACCCUGGGAUGGGACACCCACACUGGGGGGACCCAUCCAAGGGUGGGACAUCCCAUCCUGGGAUGGGGAACCCAGAUUGGGGACACCUAUCCAAGGGUGGGGACACCCAAAUUGGGGACACCCACCUCGGGAUGGUGGAACCUGGAUUGGGGACACCCACCCUGGGAUGGGACACCCAGAUUGGGGACACUCACCCUGGGAUGGGACACCCACCCUGGGAUGGGACACCCACACUGGGGACACCCAUCCAAGGGUGGGGACACCCAGACUGGGGACACCCAGCCAUGGAUGGGACAUCCCACCCUAGGAUGGGGACACCCAGAUUGGGGACACCCACCCUUGGAUUGGACACCCAGACUGGGGACACCCACCUUGGGAUGGGGGAACCUGAACUGGGGACACCCACCCUGGGAUGGGGUGCCCAGACUGGGGACACCCAUAUCCAUGGAUGGGACAUCCCAUCCAAGGGUGGGGACACCCAGACUGGGGACACCCAUCCAGGGCUGGGAACACCCAUCCAGGGAUGGAGACACCUGAAUUGGAGACACCCAUCCAUGGAUGGGGACACCCAGACUGGGGACACCCAGGGCUGGGGACACCCAUGGAUAUCAACACCUGGAGCUGGGGACACCCACCCAAAUCUGGGAACACCCACCUGGAGCCGGGAACACCCCGGGCUGGGGGUCUCCAGCUCCGUGUCCAUCCCUGUGUCCAUCCCUGUGUCCAUCCCACAUCCAUCCCCGUGUCCAUCCCACGUCCCCACGUCCGUCCCCAUCCCGGGAAGUGCCUGAGCCGGCCCCAGCCCCCCCUGCCGGCAGAAUUUGGGGCUGGGGGUGCCCAAACCCCCCCUUCCCCCUCCCCCAGGUUCAUUUUUUCCCCCCAAAAAAAAAACCCGCCUGGAAAGGGCGAAUUCCUUUGGGAAAAAUGAAAAAAAAAAGAAAAAAAAAAAGGUUAUUUUUGGUCUCCCUUAAAGGAGCAGGAGGCCUUUGGGAAGGGGGGGGAAAAGCUCUGGCACCCCCCCAGCCCCAUUCCCAAAAAAUAUAUAUAUAUAUAUAGCUAGAUAGAUAGAUUUAUGGCUGGAGAGGCGGGUCCCGACCCUCGGGGGGGGGAAAAAAAGGCACCUUUGAGCUGGUCACCUGUUUUCUAAAAAUGCACAUUUUUAAAUGAUAUAAAAAAAAAACAAACAGAAAAGAGAGAUUUUAAAAAAGCCCUUUUAUUUUCGAAGCACUUUUUAGAUUCUCUUCCUUUUAUUUUAAAUUUUUCUCUUUUUUUUUGGAGGGGGGGUGGGAGGGGUGUUUUAGGGGUUUUUUGGGGUUUUUUUUUCUCCUUUUAUUUUUUUUUUUUGGAUGUUUUUACUUUUCCAAAAGCAAAAAGAGAGCGGGUUUGGCCGAAUGUAUUUUUGGAGAGGGAGUGAGAGAGAGUGUUGGGAAUGGGGUGGGAUGAGUGGUUGGGUUUUGUUGGGGAGGGGGAAAAAAAAAGAGAUGGAUGUUUAUUUAAUGCAGAAGAAAAAAAAAUAAAUAAAUAAAAAAAAAAUCCACAAAAAAGCAAUAAAAAAAUUCCCCAAAAAUAAAAUAAAAAAAAAGGCUAAAAAUAAUAAUAAAUAAUAAAAAAAAAAAAAAAAAAGAAAAAAAAAACAAAGAAGUCUUAGCACUUUGCGAUGGAACGGGUACUUUGAGCUCACUUUAUCUUAAUUUAAAAAAGAAAAAAAAGCAAAAUUCAAGAUGUUUACAGGUGAAAAAAGACUUAAAAAUAUAAAAAAAAAAAGCUUCUACGGAGAAAAAAAAAUAUUAUUAAAAAGGAAAAAAAAAAAUUAAAAAAAAAAGCCUAAAUUUAUUUUUGUAAGAAAAACAAAAAAAGAAACAGAAAUGUGUAUAUAUAUAUAUAUAUUUAAAAAAAGUUAAAAAAAAGAGACAAAAAAAAAAAAGAAAUAUAUAUAUAUAGGCAGAAUCCAAGUGAUAAUUCCAGGUGUUGUUGGAUGGGAGGAAAGAUGCUAAUUAGGUUCUGUGACAGUGCCCCUGACCCUCGGGAAUUUUAAAUAUUCCAGACAAAAAAAAAACAAACAUGGAAGCUUGAAUUUUAGGCAGGAAUCCUAAAUCCUUGAGGGGGGUGUGGGUUGGCUCCCUGUGGCCUUGAGGAGGGUUGGGGGUUUUUUUAAAUAAUUUUAUUUUUCAA